AUGAUUGCUAGAUACAAAGCGACGAUUGGCAUUGCGAUCGGGGAUAUCAAUCUACGUACAGCUGCUGUCAGCGCGAGUGCCGUCCAAGAGUUUAAGAAAAUGCUCAAAAACACGGACACCGACCUGAAAGAUCACCUUGAGAACCUCGGCGGGAAGCUAGAAGCGCUCAGCAUCCAGGAAAGCAGCGCGAACAAUGAGAACAUAGCUAGUAGAAGGCGGAUACAGGAGGAGAUUGACAGCGCCAAAGGGUGUCUCACGGUAUGCGCUCAAGCUUUCGAGCACGCAGACAAGGUGAGAACAAACGUGUUCGAGGAUGUCUCUGCUGCUCAGGAUGCUCAUCAAGUCGUUGUAUCUACGCUUAGCGACCUCAUUUCAGCAAAGCGUGUUACUGCGGGUGUUGGAGCAACACAAUGGCUAGGACAAAUGACCGAUGCUGCCUUGCAAGAGCUAGCCAAAAGCCGAGGGGUUGACUUGAGUAGUGGCUCUAGUAUAGCGAGAGGCGUAGAUGAGCAGGACCGAGGAAGCAUAACAUUUGAAGACCAGUAUGGAUCGGGGCACAAGCUGGUCUAG